AUGGAAGGUGUUCCACCGGACAUAGAACCUGAUGUUAUAAUGUCAAAAAAAAAAAAAAGGAAAGGUGCGAAAUCAAGAAAUAAGCAGAAAACUGAUAUUGAAACUCCUUCUGGUGGUGGAAAAGAAGCGAUUCCUAUUGCGAUUAAGAGCUCUGAUUCACCAAUCGUUAAAGAGGGUGAGGUUUUGGGAUCGAAGGCUUCGUCAAUUAAUUUGUCUGAUGAUGUCGCUGCUUCUUCGGUGGUUACCCCUUCCAUCAGUACUUCAAUAAAGAUGGAGAAACGUUCGUUUGGUGAUUUGGUUUCCCUAGUGCAUGAAUUUGAGAAAGAUAUCACUCAAUUUUGCAGUCUUGGAGAGAAGAAUUCUAUGUUGGUGUUCUGGAAUAGCUUAUCUGCUAGCGAGAAGGAGGGUUUUGUUCAUGGCCUUAGAUUCACGAAGAGGAAGUAUAACAAUGGUAAUGAUUCUGAAAAUUCUUUUGAGGAAUCAAUUGAUAAUGUUAAGAAACUAUCUUCUGUUAGCCAUAGAAAUGAUUUGCUUUUGAGAUGGAAGGAUCUCAGCAAUAAGAAGGAGAUGGUCUUUCAUAAGCUCUGUACUAGCAAAGUUAAAAAACAAGUGGAAGCUAAUUUUGGUAAGAACAGAAUUCCUUUUAAUUCUUCUUCUUCCUUAUUCCCAGUUUCGAUUGAGAUGAAGAGAUCUUCUGAGCUUGAAGCUUCUGUUGGAUUGAAAAAAGUUGGGGAUACAAUUGCUAGAGUUUUGCCUGAGGGUGUUCCUAUUUCAGAAGAUAAUGAGCCUGUUAUUGUUAAUUUGGAAAAAAAAAAUAAUUCUAUGCAGCAUUUAGCUAAGGUUAAGAAAGAGAAAGGAAAUUUUGAAAUUGAUGAGAUGGUUAGCAAGCAGUUGGAGGAGGUUUGCAAUAAUAUUGUUUAUCAUUUUCCUAGUAAAUUCAGUCAUUUGGACAUUGUGAAUAAUGGUGAAUUCAAAUUUAAUUAUGUUGAUGAAGAGAUUGGUGGCAAUGAUGGAAAAAUGGUUGUUGAUGAAAAUGUGAUUAUGAAAGAAAAUGCUAAAAAUCUUAAUGGUGGUUUGCCUAUUUCUGAUGUUAUGUUGGAGAAUGCUAAGCCUGGUAUAGCUCAGGAGAAGAAGGAUAUGCAACAGCCUAAUUCUAUUGGUGUGGAUUCUAUAAUAGGGGAGAAAGUUUCGUAUGCUGAGAAGGUUAGUGGGAAGAUUCUCAAUGCUGCAAAUCUUAUUUCUGUGAUUAAAAAGGAUCCCAAGCUUCCUGAUGGAGUUGUUGAGAUGUCGUAUGGAGAUAUUUUGAAAGGCUUCAGCCCUUUUAAAACUACUCUGUAUGGUUAUUUCAUUGAUAAACAUAUUAAUUUUUUUUUUAAUUUCAAUAAGUAUGCUCAUAAUAUGUGGAGAAAAUACGGAUUGGAGGAAGUCAUGGUCAAUGAUGAGGGAAUAUACUUCUUUCGAUUUAGUUCUGAACAUGGAAUGAUUUCGGUUCUGGAAGGAGGUGUGUGGAUGAUUUUUGAAAGUGCUUUGGUUGUGAGAAGGUGGACUACAGGGAAUGGAACAGGGCUUAGCCAUAUUGCUUGGGAAAUUGGCAAACCUUUAGAUGUGGAUGCUCAUACAGCGAAAAUGUGUCAAGAUCACUGGGGUAGGCCGGCAUUUAUGAGGAUUUUGAUUGAGAUGUCUGCUUCUAAAGAUUGGUUAAAAGAAGUCCAAGUUUAUUCGUCUGACUUGACUACAGGAGAAAGGAUUAUCUCAAAAUGCAGGGUUGAAUAUGCUUGGAAUCCUUCCAAAUGUUCUCAUUAUAAAGUUUAUGGGCAUAAGGAGCCUAAAUGUGGGAUUCUUCUAGCUAAACAAGUUCGAGAAAUAGACAAUAAUUCUAAGAUGGGUAAAAAUAAGUAA